AGAAACCUUGGCCAUCUCAACUGUCGAAAUCGUUAUCCUUAAGCCUCAUCCUCUCUCAGAUUUCCACUCCUUUCUUGCGGACCAGAACCACCAUCGCCAAUGAAUGAAGAUAAGACCUCACUCAAACAAUAACCCGACCCCUUCUUUGCACCUCCUCUUCUCCGCCAAUCUUCACCUUCCUCCUCCGCUGCUACACCAUGUCUAGUUCAAAUCUCACUAUGUUGGUGUCCUCAAAAUCCACCGUCUCUGAUGCCUCCUCCCUUUCAUUCCGAUCAGUUCUAAGCCCUUUUAAGCUCCCUUCCCACAACCCAACCUCAUCCUACCCUACCCGAUCAUGGUCAGUUACGCCAAUUCAUUGUAGUCUUCGGGAUCUCCGAGACCGUAUCGAUUCAGUGAAGAACACCCAGAAGAUCACUGAAGCUAUGAAGCUUGUCGCUGCUGCCAAAGUCCGCAGAGCUCAAGAAGCUGUCGUUAAUGGAAGACCCUUCUCAGAAGCCUUGGUUGAGGUCCUUUACAACAUCAAUGAGCAACUUCAAACAGAAGACGUAGAUGUUCCUUUAACCAAAGUAAGACCAGUCAAGAAAGUUGCAUUAGUUGUUGUCACCGGCGACAGAGGUCUUUGCGGCGGUUUCAACAACUCCAUCAUUAAGAAAGCCGAAGCCAGAAUCUCGGAAUUGAAGGAAUUGGGUCUUGAGUACACUGUCAUCAGCGUUGGCAAAAAGGGUAACUCCUACUUCCUCCGCCGGCCUUACAUUCCGGUCGAUAAGUUCCUCGAAGGCGGCACGCUUCCGACAGCCAAAGAAGCUCAAGCCAUUGCUGAUGAUGUCUUCUCACUCUUCAUCAGUGAGGAGGUUGACAAAGUAGAGCUUUUGUACACCAAAUUCGUGUCAUUGGUCAAAUCCGACCCUGUUAUUCACACCCUUCUUCCGCUCUCGCCCAAGGGCGAGAUCUGUGACAUAAACGGUGUCUGUGUCGACGCCGCCGAAGAUGAAUUUUUCAGGUUGACAACAAAGGAAGGGAAGCUGACAGUGGAGAGGGAUACGGUGCGGACAAGCACCUCAGAUUUCUCCCCAAUUUUGGAGUUUGAGCAAGACCCAGUUCAGAUCUUGGAUGCUUUAUUGCCUCUGUAUUUAAACAGCCAGAUUUUGAGGUCACUGCAGGAGUCGCUGGCCAGUGAGCUCGCGGCUAGAAUGAGCGCCAUGAGCAGUGCAAGUGACAAUGCUUCUGAGCUGAAGAGGACUCUGUCGACUGUGUACAACAGACAGCGCCAAGCUAAGAUCACUGGAGAAAUAUUGGAGAUUGUUGCUGGUGCUAAUGCCUUGACAUGAUCUCUUCCUUCCCUUCCCUUCUAUACUUCAACCCAUGUUUCUAUAUCCACUCAUAUCAUUCAAUUCUGCAAUUUUAUCAAAUAUAAUGCGAUCUGUAAGCCUUUCAUAUUCGUGCGAACUUUAUAUUCCCUUGGAACUGUCAACUUUUUAAAGCAAUUCCAGUCUCUGCUGCUUAUAUUCUAUC